GCGGCUAUGCCCCAAUUUAAAUUAGUUACAGCACAGAAACGGCAGCUACCUCUUCUGAAAAGUUCGAUCAUUUAGUCCAUUUUGCCACGUACAAGUAGUUCUCAUAUAUAACUUCUCCAAGAAAGUUUCCUUUUUGAGUACUUCGUAUAUCUUCUAAAAUCUCUUCCGGGAAGAAAACCAGAAUUACACAACUUACUCUUCAGAUCCAUUCAACGCUACCAUGUCCUCUUCUCCAAAAGUUUUAAGCGCUGUACUCGAGGCCGCAAAAGCUAUAGGCAUUGCGUUCGCUAGCAGGAAAUAUGCAGUUGUAGGGGGCGCAGCUUGCCUACUACUGGGAUCGCAACGUUGCACAGAUGAUGUUGAUCUAGUUGUGCCUCAAGGCCAGACAGCUCAAUUCCGAAACGUACUUCGAGUCCGAGAAGGCUUCACAGUUGAGCCACGAACAGCACACACAUAUUAUCAAGCCGAAAUGGACAUUCCUAUAAGAAUCGAGAUACUGACGCCACCUAUUCUGUUUAAAGAAAAUUUCGAUUCAGAGACUCCGACUGUUUUUAUCGACGGCGUGCAGAUACUCAAGCCGGCACUGAUAUUAAACGCCAAAUGCCGAAGUAUCUUAGGCAGGGCCACAGACGAAAGGAAAGAUGCGGAUGCUCACGAUAUCAAGUUUUUGCUGAAGUAUCUUGCCAAAAAUGGAACAAGACCGCUUGCAGGUGAAGUCACAACAGCAACAAAAGACUUUUUCGAGUGGUUUACUGCCAGAUAUGGCAAUCCACAGCUGUGGACUCAGGCGGGAUAUGGUGCUGAGAAAGGUUCCUUUGAUGAGAGGGUGUGAGAAGCUUAUCGGAGCCGUCUAGCUACACACAUUCCUAUAGCCGGAAAGGAGUUUGAGUUAUCUAAUGGUUCGUGGACGAGUACGGCCCGGAGGACUCGACAGAAGAGCCCAACGACCAAGCAUACUUUGGCUGAGGCGAUAUGGCUUGUUCUAAAUGCAAGAAGACGUUCUUCUCGAGAAACGCUUUGCAUC